GUGGAACCCGCACGCGGAAGCGCCGGCCGCACUGAGCAUGCCCAGUUGCAGAGCCGACCAGAGGAGUUUUUUUUUUUUCUUUUCUUUUCUUUCGUUUUUUUUUUUUUUUUUUUUUUUUUGGUCUCAAGUAGGAGGCCUACCCCCCCCACCCCCACCCCCAGCCCCCCACCCCCACCCCCGACCUAAGCAGCUACCAUGUCUGAGGUCCCCGGCGCGGCGUUGUCCCAGGCGGGUUGGUAUCUUUCAGAUGAAGGCAUUGAAGCUUGUACAAGUUCUCCUGACAAAGUCAAUAUAAAUGACAUCAUCCUGAUUGCUCUCAAUACAGACUUAAGAACAAUUGGCAAGAAAUUCCUCCCCAGUGACAUCAAUGGUGGAAAGGUAGAAAAGCUUGAAGGUCCAUGUGUUUUGCAAAUUCAAAAAAUUCGCAAUGUUUCUGCACCAAAGGACAACGAGGAAUCUCAGGCUGCACCAAGAAUGCUGCGUUUGCAGAUGACUGAUGGUCAUAUAAGUUGCACCGCUGUUGAAUUUAGUUUUAUGUCCAAAAUAAGCCUGAACACACCACCUGGAACUAAAGUGAAGCUCUCAGGCAUCGUGGAUAUAAAAAAUGGAUUCCUGCUAUUGAAUGACUCAAACACCACAGUUCUUGGUGGUGAAGUAGAACACCUUAUUGAGAAGUGGGAGUUACAGAGAAGCUUGUCAAAACACAAUAGAAGUAAUAUUGGAACUGAAGGUGGACCACCUCCUUUUGUGCCUUUUGGACAGAAGUGCACGUCUCAUGUCCAAGUGGAUAGUAGAGAACUUGAUCGAAGAAAGACAUUGCAAGUCACAAUGCCUGUCAAACCUACAAAUGACAAUGAUGAAUUUGAAAAACAAAGGACUGCUGCUAUUGCGGAAGUUGCAAAGAGCAAAGAAACCAAGACAUUUGGAGGUGGUGGUGGUGGUGCUAGAAGUAACCUCAACAUGAGUGCUGCUGGGAACCGAACUAGAGAAAUCUUACAAAAAGAAAAGUCAGCCAAACCGGAGGGGAAACAUGAGGGUGUCUACAGAGAACUGGUUGAUGAGAAGGCUCUGAAACACAUAACAGAAAUGGGCUUCAGUAAAGAAGCAUCGAGGCAAGCUCUUAUGGAUAAUGGCAACAACUUAGAAGCAGCGCUGAAUGUACUUCUUAACAGCAAUAAACACAAACCUGUUACAGGUCCACCUCUGAGAGGUAAGGGAAAAGGCAGGGGGAGAAUAAGAUCUGAAGAAGAGGAGGAGCUGGGAAAUGCAAGACCGUCAGCUCCAAGCACGUUAUUUGAUUUCCUGGAGUCUAAAAUGGGGACUUUGAGUGUGGAAGAACCUAAACCACAGCCGCAGCAGCUUCAUCAGGGACAACACCGAUUGUCAAAUACUGAGCAAAAUGGAGUCAAAGAUAGUAAUCAACCACGGUAUCUGCCUCGAAAUGAUACCAGACAGCCAAGAAAUGAAAAGCCUCCUCGUUUUCAAAGAGACCCCCAAAAUUCAAAGUCAGUUUUAGAAGGCAGUGGAUUACCUAGAAACAGAGGUUCUGAAAGACCAAGUACUUCUUCAGGAUCCGAAGCAUGGGCUGAAGAGAGAAUCAAGUGUGAUAGACCCUAUUCUAGAUAUGACAGAACUAAAGAUGCUUCCUACCUUUUAAGCUCUCAGCACAAUGAUGGUGCUUUUAAAAAAAGGGAUAACUCUAUGCAAAGCAGAUCAGGAAAAGGUCCGUCCUAUGCAGAGGCAAAAGAAAAUCCACUUCCUCAAGAAUCCAUUGACUAUAAUAAUCAAAAACGUGGGAAAAGAGAAAACCAAACAACAAAUCCUGAUCAUUUUUAUGACAGGAAACCACGAACAAUAAAUAACGAAAGUUUCAGUGGUGUAAAAAUUGAAAAACAUUUUAAUGUAAAUACUGAUUUCCAGAAUCCCGUCCGAACUAAUAGUUUCGUUGGUGUUCCAAAUGGAGAGACAGAAAUGCCACUGAAGAGCAGGCGAGUAGGACCUAUUAAGCCAGCAGGACCCAUCACAGCUACACCCUAUGAUGAUAAAGUAUUUUACAAUAGUGGGCCUAAAAGAAGAUCUGGGCCAAUUAAACCAGAAAAAGUACUAGAAUCAUCUAUUCCUAUGGAGUAUGCAAAAUUGUGGAAACCUGGAGAUGAAUGUUUUGCACUUUAUUGGGAAGACAACAAGUUCUACCGAGCAGAAGUUGAAGCUCUCCAUUCUUCUGGCAUGACAGCGGUUGUUAAAUUCAUUGAUUAUGGAAACUAUGAAGAGGUGCUACUAAGCAACAUGAGGCCCAUUCAGACAGAGGCAUGGGGUGGCCAUAACUGAUGAGCACAUUGUCAUUCCUCACUGUAGCUCUUCCAUUCAAAGGUGUUUGCUACUGAGUGAUCAUUUUCUUUCUAGUCAGUGAUUUUUCCUUUCCCCCUUUAAUACCCCUCUUUCUGUUAUCAUUAAUUUUUAAGUCAAUGUAAACUUAGCUGGACAAUAAAUUUCUCAGAUGUCACAUGUCCAUGUAGUGUUUCUGAGCCAAGCAAUACUUUUCUACUUUCUACCCAUUUGUGAAUACUCUACUCAUCUAUUCUCUUUUCUAAUUUUUUUUUUUUUUUACUUAUUUACUUUAUUUUGCAGUCACCCUAAAAAUCUUUUAUAAGAUGCUUGAAAUAUUUUACAGUGAGAAGCACGAGAGAAUCACUAAAUCUUUUGGAGAUUCUGGUAUUACUUUUCUGCUGUGAUUGUUGAUAUUUUAUGAUUUUGCAUAAGUUAAUAUGACAAAUAUAGUUGGAUCAUGAACAUCGUUAUUGGGGAUAAGAUCAUUCUUCAUUCUUUCUCUGCAUGAGUAAUUGACUUAGUUUGUAGAAGCAUCUCCUUGAUAUUCAGAAGCCACUAGCUUAACAUAUGUUCAUCCAUCUCCAUUUUUUAAAAAUACAUAUGUGCAUAUAUACAUAAAAAGGCCCUGAAUAGAAGCUGUUUAUGCGGUUGUCAAUACAUUUAGUGUAGAGUUGGUCUGGAGUUCUCUUGGCCUCUGAGAGUAUUAAUGUUGGGGUCUAUGAGCACUUUUUCUUAUUGUAACUGGAAUUGUGGCAAAUUUUAAAUUAAAGCAAAAUAUUCACUAUAUCAAUAAGAAGAUGAUUCUAAUUGGUAAACAUACUAGAAAAAUUAAAGGGCUGCAAAGGUACAGUGUUCAUUCACCCCAUGGAUUGUGUAAUUUUUAAUUUUUAACUCUUGGUCUCUUUUUAAUUGUGAAAUUAUAUUUUAUCUCUUAGAAGCUGUUUGUUUCUUAUUGGUGUAAGAUUUGGGAAAAACCUCCUUUUCCUAAAUGUAGCAGUGUUCAUUCAUUGAAGAUGUUUCUAAUAGUUUGCAGGAAAAACAGCCCAAAAGCCUGCAUAUAAACCAAAAGCUUUUAUAGAAAUCAGUUGCCUGUAUUAUCUAUUAAAGGUGUAAGGAUAAAUCAUUAAAUAAAAAGCAUGAAAUAUUAA